AUGUAUUCGCUUCUCAUUUUUGUAAGCUUCGGAGUCCAUCUCGCAACUGGCCAGUGCAACGUGACAUGUCAAACUGGAGGUUAUUGGUCCGCAUGGAGCAAUCUCGAUGGUUGUGUGCCCGCAUACGCCUGGCUUCAAACAGCAACAACCGGACAAGCUAACUAUGCCCGAACAAAGCUAGAUUUUACGUGUGGAAUGUUUGGACGUCAAGUUCAAGUCAGAGAUUGCUUGUCGGCUCCGAUGGGAUGCCCUUGCACCGGUGAAGCUGUUCGGCAAGUCGCUUGUGGAGACUCGGCAGUUUGCUCAAUGUCGCAAAUUUCUUCGGGGAUCACUUGUGCACCGGGCUACAGUCAAUCUGGAUCGGAUUGUGUUCAAACAGCAGCCACAACCGCAGAUCCAACGGUGGUGGAUCCAUAUGCAAAUGACACAAGCUGUGUAGUAUCACCCUCAUGCGCAUGCCCAACUGGUGGAGCUUGGAGCGAUUGGCAAUCCAUUUCAACAUCGACUUGCCCAACCAUUGCCAACUAUCAACAAAAUACGACCUCAACCCUUUAUGAUCCGAUGACUACCUCGUGUGGAGCUUGCCAAGUUCAACUUCAACAGCGACUUUGUGUCUCGGCAAUUCGCGGUUGUCCAUGCAGUGGAUCACCGUACCGAUGGAAGCGUUGCAGCACGGGGGUUUGUGUUUUCCCGACACUCACCUGUUGUGAUGAUGUUGAUGGUAUCAAAAAGCAAGUCAAUGCCGCAACAAAAAAAUACGAAUGUUUGCCGACUCCAAUAACUCUUUGGACGGAUACAACGACGUCAAGUGAUCCAAAUGCGAACUGUACAACCACUUCGACAACGACAACGACAACGACAACUACAACGACAACAACGACAACUACUACCACCACAACUACAACACCAACUCCAGUUUGCGCAAUGUGCCCAUCUCCAACGGUGGCAGCGGGUGUCACUUUCGUCAUCUCAUUCAAUGCUCAAGGCUGUAAAGUUGCAACAUUCUCUGGAUGUAGCACUUACAAAGCAAAAUCGGGUGUUACGACCCUUUCGCCGCUCUCAAAUCCGAACACCUGUGUCAACCAGGGAGCUCCUGGGGCUAGAUGGUAUGGAACAAUGUCAAAUACGGCUACAGUCUCGUGCACGCCA